AUGAGCCUAGGCGUAUGUGAAUGUUUGCAGUUGUGUGCGUCGAUGCGUGUCCGAAAGUCUCACGUGCCCAAAGCCCUGAGUUCCGAGACCUGGCCCGGCUGCCCUCGUAGAAGCAGUCAAGCGUCUGCUGGGACAAGCGUGGCCGGCUCGUGGCGUUCGGUCCAUCAGCGAAAUGUACGCGCAGGUGUCCAACUGUCUGUGAGGAAAACGGUAUACUCGAAUGUCGCCGAGUCCGUGACUAAUAUGGAUGGGAAGACCUCCGGGUCAAGUAUUUAUCCCAACGCCUUCUUUCGCCCAUGGGGCAGGCCGCCUCCGGCCGUCUGGCUGACUCCACCUGUAUACAUUUCCCAGCACCCAUUUGGCCCACCUCUAAGUCGUUCUCGCACCACCUCCGUCUAA